AUGUCCAGGAGAGUAAAAAAAUAUCAUCUUGAAUAUAUCAGUCGUAAUCGUUGUCGUCAUGUCAUCACAGUGCAAUCGUGUCAUUUGUCGCAUUGCAUCAGUAACACAACAACGUCGGAAAAUAGCGAUUCCGACAGCAACAACAACAACAACACAGCGCUAACAACAACAACGACGACAUCAAUGACAACCACUUCGAAACAGCAGCACAAAUCCACGUCUCGAACUAAGAAGAAACACGUUCGCAGAAGAUCCAGGAGAAUUUCAAAAAUAAUUGCUGAUGUCAUCAAGAAGCCACUGAUGUUUUCGUCAGGCAGUAACAACAACAACAACAACAUUAACAUCCAUAACAUUAUCAACAACAACAAUAACAGCAACAAUAACAACAGUAGCCACAAUGUUUUGUCUGUUAUAAACAUCGAUAACAUCAACAUGGACAUUGUUGUUAGCAGCGGUAACAUCGAUAAAAACAUUAAUAACAACAAUGCAAACAACAACAACAAUAAUAAUAACAAUAAUAAUAAUUUGGACAAUAACACUAAAAAUUGCUGUUUCAAUGACGCCUCAGCCACAACUGUUAAUGUGAAGACGUAUUGGGUUUGGCUGAAAAAUUGCGUUUUAAUCGUUUCAACGAGCAAAAUCGUCAACAACAACAACAUCGUCAACAACAACAACAAUAUCAACAACUUCAUCAACAACAACAUCAACAACUUCAUCAUCAACAACAACAAAAGCAAUCACAACAACAUCAACAACCGCAACAGCAGUCACAUCAACAACACGAAAUUCAAAUACAUCCUCAACAACAAAAUAUUUUACAUCCUAAUCAACAACAGCAACAACAACAAAUACAACAGCACCACCAACAUUAACAAAACCAACAACAUCAGCAACAAAAACAGCAACAGAAACAACAACAACAAUUGUGAAAAGAUUAUUGCAGCAGGCAACUACAAAACCACCAACAACAAUUAUAUUAACACCGCCACCAACACAUUAACAACAACAAAAAAAAACAUCAACAACAACAAAAAGGCCAUGGUUAUCCAAGGCUAUGGUGCAAUGGUUAAAGGCACCUGCACCUUCUUUUCUGUGACCUGGUUCGAACGCAAGAAGAGGCUGUUUAUCAUCAGCAACAACAACAACAUCAACAAAAUUUUGAAAGUAGUGAAAGGCAUUUAA